GGAGAAAAAAAAAGUUUUUUUUUAUCUGCCUUAUCAGCGCAACUGCGCACACGGGACAUCGAUGUUUUGAGAGUAUAGAAUCAUUCCUGUCUCUGUCUCACUGUGAGAGGAGCUUCCAUGGGGAUUAGUGAGAGUUUUUGGUAGAAAAAUUCUGGACAUUUCAUUUGUUGUACUUCACCGAUUUGGGAUGAUAAAUAUUUGAUGAGAUGAAUAAUACGUGAAGUGCAGGAGGGUGUGUGACUGACCAAGUCAUCAGUAUCAUGUAUUAGGUUCAACCGCGUGGGAUGUAGGUGAUAAGGGGAGAAGACAAGAGAAACAGUGACUGGGAAUUUUUCUGGACAAAAAUUAUCACAUUGCGCUUGGUGGAGUGUUGAGUGCGUUGAGUGUUUUGCUGUUCAACGAACAUUUUCUUAUUGGAUUUUUCAUUUGAAAUUGCGUGAUUGUGUGUGGGGAAAUCAAUAGGAAAAGAAAAAGUUGAAAGUUAUAGGGAUACUUCUUUUGUGGUGGAGCACGAAGUGGGAGCAGAUUGAAGGUGGUGUUUGUGGUCAAUAUUGUGCACUUUCUGACCAUUCCAUCGACUCUCUGUGUAGAAAGUUUGUGGCCAAAGAGGGGCCUCCUCAAGGGAAGCAGGUCUCCACAUUUUUCCGUGAAGGGGUAGGUGCUCAUGGCUAAUACAUUAUUCUGCCCACUCAGCUUGAGCAUUUGGGAAGGAAAAUUGCGUGAGUCAGAGUGAGAGAGAAUAAGGUCGGCUACACAAUUGACGACAAAUAUUUUGCCAAAGUGAAUGGGUGUAUGACUUAUCAGUGAAGGGUGGAAAAGGAGGGAAAAUCGAUAGUGAGUGGCUCUGAAAAGAGCCGGGAAAAGGCCAAAAGGAAGAAGAAGAAGAAAGGCAGAGGAGAAAGAGAAAAGCACAAGAAAAAGCCCCCCAAGUGUCUCACAGUUUUCUACAUUUUCUGCGGUGGGGUAGGAGAAAAUUCCUGUCUCUCCGCAAUUUUCUUUUUUUUUAUACAUUGUCUGUGUGUGUAUGUGUGUGACCCAAAUUUCCCAUAUGCCAUCGUCAAGUGCAUCAACGUUUGGUAAGAGUACCACAAGUAUCAGCAUCAGGAGACGACCAUUUGUAUUCCUGUCCAAUCUGCUGCGUCGCAGGAAGGUGCUGGAGAUCGAUGAUAUGAUGUUUGAACGGGGAAAUCGAGAAAUGAACCAGAGAGCUCGUUCUGAACCAUCAGUGAUAAGCUACAGUUGCACGCAAAUGAAUGCGGCCACAAAAGCGGCUUCACCGUCAAUAUCCACCCUCACACUCACUCCUGGUCGAUGUCGUGACAUUGAUCAGGACAUGCAGGCUCUGAGGCUGUCACGGCAGGACAAUCCUUUCGUGCAGAAAAUCAUUGCGAGUCGAGAGAGUUUGGUGGAUACAUUGGAGGAUACUGUCUCCGAUGAUGCCAUUCUCAUGUCACAGGAGUUUAAUCCUGAACUUGAGUCUGAUCCCUUUACACUUCCUGAAGUUCAGGAGCACAUGAUAAGAUCACCACCACCGACAACGUGGCCAAGAUCACCACACUUCAGUAUAUUCAAUUUCUCGCAGGAGAAUGUCCUGACAGUGAGUUCUCAAGGCUCCCAGAGCAGUGAGGACGAAGGACCAAACUCCAACACAAGAUCCCGACUGAAUGAGAUUUUCUCACCGAAUCGACAGAUUCAGGUGACAACGGCAGAAAUUUCUCCUGCGCCAAAGAAUGCAAUGAAUAAGAAUAAAAAUUGCGUUUUACUGAAGGAACACGGCGGAACAGCCCUUCCUCGUCCACAUAGUGCUCAUCAUUGUGAACCAGAUCGGUCAACAAUUCCGCGUCCUCUUAGUCACUAUGAAGGACCUCUUAGUGUGCGAAAUUUCAAAUAAAUAAAAAACUUUUCGUGAUGAUAAAAGAGCAAGCAUGAUUGAAAUUUUUAGCUACAAUUAAUAAAAAAUUAAAGAAAAAAUGAAAUUCCUGCAAGAUAGAACUUGAUAUUCAUUAGUUUUAGGAUAAAAAAGAAUAUUUAUGAAAUCAAAAUAUCUUUAUUUAUGAGUAAUUAUUUAAGAAAAAUAUUUUUGUGAUUGUUUUUUCAAUUUGAUUUUUUUCAUUGUAAUACCCAUGAAGAAAAAUAGAUAAUAGCCAAGUGAUAUGCAAUACUUUUAAAAGAGAAACUUAUUAGAGAAUUGAUGCUGAACUUACUGAAUAGAUGAAAUAAUUAUUCAAGAAACAAAAAAGAAACAAUAAAUCUGAAAAUUAACAAAAAUACGCGCAUUUGAGAGAUUAAAAGAUUAAAACGUUGAUAAAAAAAAAGAAAAAUAUUUGAUAUUGGAGAAAAAGACAGUGAAAUUAGUCAAUUUACCGGAUUUUGAGAAAUAAUAGAAGAAAAAUAAAUUAAAUUUAAUAAAAGAAAAUUUAGCAUAUAAAAUACUGUUCCAUAGAAUUCCAUUAAUUUAUAUCAGUGUUGAAUAUUUGAGACAAUUGAGAGAAAGAUUAAAACAAAAAGCAUGUACGAUUGAUAUUCAUUAAGAGUAAAUUUAUAUUCCAAGUUUUUCAAUCGGAUAUCAGGGAGAAAUAAUUUUCUACUUUUUUUCUUAAUUGUUCACUAACACCAAAUAAAUGUUUCCAUUUGAUUAAAUUUUUCACUAAAAUUCUGUUCCUCUUUUGCAGUUUUAAAUGGAUAAAUUAAAAAAAAAAGUGUAUGAUGAAAUAAAAAUGACUCAAAGUCGAUC